CGCAUAGAGUUAGCGUUCCUUAAAACCUCUUUUGUAAAAAUUCAAUUAACUGUCAAAAUUUAUUUUUUAUCUGCACCUCUGUCAUCUAUGUGAUAUUUCCCGCGCGAUUUUGACGUUUGAUGAUUUUUUUGCGUUUGACUUUUGAGCGCGUUCGGUUUCUGUGGUUCUGUGUUCAGUGAGUGCCAGGAAUGUUGCGUUUAGUUGUUAUUUUUUAAGGAUUAAUUGUGUUAUGAAGGAUUUUAGUGUUUCCAGUGGGAUAUUGUAGAAACAUGGCGUAAAUUCCCCGAAACAAGAUGGCUGCGGUAUCUUCCGCCCACCUUCAAGACUCCAGGAUAAAAAUCCAAGACCACAGCGAUGAUGAACCGUAUUCCCCCACAACCAGAGAUACUACUAGCCCAGAAUACCAUGAUGACGAGAAAGCAGAAGAAAGACAAGUACUGUCAUCUUCUUUCACCAUACACAAUGUGCUAAAAAAAGAGAGAGACAGUCACAGUCCUGAAAAUGUCUUCUCAACAGACAAGCUCCUUCAAAAUACACCGAAUUACGAAGAUUUGCGAGAGGUGAACGAAAAUUCUCGCAAUUCUGAAAUCUUAGAUGAUGAUGAUGAUAGAACUAAUGAAUCUAGAGCAGAAAUUAGUAUAGAUGAUAAUUCAUGUUGUAGUGAUGAUACUGUACUCUCUGUUGGUAAUGAAGCCUUGCCUUCUUUUGAACAUAAAGGCCCUGAAACGUCACAGAAUUUGACGUCUUUCAAACAUAUACAGACGCAUCUGAAUGCCAUAUCGCAACUCAACCAAAAUAUUAAUAUGAAUCAACCUCUUCUUUUAAGGCCUAGUCCUAUUACUCCUAAUCCUCUAAUGUUCCUAAACCAGCCCCUACUCUUUCAGAACCCCCUAAUAAACCAAGUAGACUUAAAAUCUGGGCUGCAAAGUCGAAUGCCAGUCCCUCAAAGCAAUUUGAACCUUAACCCCCAGCCUUUCGGUCUAAAUUUCGGCUUAAGGAUGAAGAGUCAAAACGCUGAGUUGAGAAGAACAGAUGAGAAUCGAAGAAUGAACUAUGUGUCCCCAAAAUCACCAGAAAAUGAAUCAGGAAGGGAUUUUAUAAAUCAGAACUGUUUGAAGUUUAGUAUAGACAAUAUUUUGAAGGCUGAUUUUGGGAGGAGAAUCACAGAUCCUUUAAAUAAGAGGAAAAUGAAGACCAGGGUUGAGGCUAAGAUGUCUCCGGUUAAGGAGGCUGUUCCUUCGAAGGUGGAGGAGGCGAGAGUUCCUGAGGUGAAGCCGGGGGAGAAAAGUGGGGCUAUUGACCUGUCGAAAGGAGACGAUAGUGGAAGUAGUCAGAGUUCUGCUACUGGUACCACAAUGGCUGACGGCGCGAUGGUCUGGCCUGCGUGGGUUUACUGUACCAGGUACAGCGACCGACCCAGUUCCGGACGAAGUAAGUACGGGUCGCGCUCACGAGAAUCACGUCCUCGAACGCGAAGGCCCAAGAAACCCCCUGGAGACAACACGGUGCCUGACGAGAAGAGACCACGAACUGCUUUCUCUGGACCUCAGCUUGCGAGGUUAAAGCACGAAUUCGCAGAGAACCGCUACCUAACCGAAAGAAGACGUCAAAGCCUGGCCGCAGAGCUAGGCCUAGCUGAAGCCCAAAUCAAGAUCUGGUUCCAGAACAAACGGGCCAAAAUUAAGAAGGCUUCUGGUCAGAGGAACCCCUUGGCACUACAGCUGAUGGCCCAGGGUCUGUAUAACCACUCCACAGUUCCUCUGACGAAAGAGGAAGAAGAAUUGGAGAUGAAAGCCAGGGAGAGGGAACAGCAGUUGAAUAGAGUGUAGAUUGGUUUUUGGGUUGGGUCUUGAUGAGUUCGAUUUUUGAGUAUAAUCAUCGGCACGAAUCUUGAGCGCUGACCUUCACCUGCGCA